GCAAGACACUCCAUAGUAGGCCUACAUUAUGUCCUAUACGGGCAGAACAAGCAUUUUGGGCUUCUGCGUCUACAUGCAGUUAAACCAGAGAGGGUAAAGCGGAGCUAGUAAUCAAGGAUCUUUGGUUAAACCAUGGGAUGUGUUCUACUUGCCGUUUUGUUCUGUCUUCCCUUUUCCACCGCCAAGGUCCAUACCCUGCAGUACUUCUACACAGCUACAUCAGGAAUCUCAAGCUUUCCAGAGUUUAUAAGUGUUGGGAUGGUGGAUGGUGUGGACAUCAGUUACUAUGACAGCAUCUUAAGGAAGGGCAUGCCAAAGCAGAGUUGGAUGAAAAUGAAUCAGGAAUACUGGGAAUCAGAGACUUCCGUGGGUAUGGGGCAUCAUCAGAUCUUCAAGGCAAACAUUGAGAUUUUAAAGGGACGCUUUAAUCAUAUUGAAGGAGUGCAUGUUUUGCAGAAGAAGUAUGGCUGUGAGUGGGAUGAUGAAACUACAGCCACUGAUGGCUAUGAACAGUUUGGUUAUGAUGGAAAUGACUUCCUCUCACUAGACCUGAAGACCAAACGUUGGAUCGCGCCAGUGUCACAGGCGAUCCUAAGCAAAACAAAGUGGGACAGUGACAAAAUGUAUUUAGAGAAAAGGAAUGAUUAUUUUGGCCGGGUGUGUAUUGAUUGGCUGAAAACAUAUGUUCAAUAUGGGAGCAGCACUCUGGAGAGGAAAGUCCCUCCAGAGGUCUUUCUUUCCCAGAAGGACUCCUCAGUGGUGUGCCAUGCUACAGGUUUCUACCCUGAUGGAGUGAUGAUCACCUGGAAGAGAAAUGGAGAAGAGAUGCAGGAUGAUGUGGAUGUGGGGGAGACGCUGCCUAAUGAAGAUGGAACCUUCCAGAAGAGAGCUGAGCUCACUGUGUCACCUGAGGAGAGGAAGAAGGGCCAUUACACCUGUGAGGUGGCACACGAGAGUGGAGAGACUAUCGUCAAGACCCUGAUUGUGGAAGAUGUUCCUGCAGGAGGUAUUUCAGCCAUCAUUAUUGGGUGUGUUAUUGCAGCUGUUCUUCUUGGAGUGACUGUGAUUGCAGGCUUUGUUGUAAUGAUUAAAAAGAAAGGUCAGUUGCCUUUGUCAUGGUGCAAUUAUCUAAAAUGCCUUAUGUCUGCGUUCCUGUAGCGAAGGGAGAGAGCAGUGACCACACCCGGUCUUGAACCCGAGUCUCCGGGGCACUAAACCUGCAGCUUCACCACAACGGCAAAGAGCCAGGCUCAUUGGUAUGGCAGUCAGAGCGCAUACUCAACCGUAGUGAUGGUAUUCCGUCACACUGCCCUCCCCUUCGGGAAGCUUGCCCAUGCACUUCAUGCACACUGGCGUCCCUCGUGCAACCACCAGCCGUACUUUUCCCAUACCAGGGUGCCCCACACACAU